AUGUACUUAUCUCUCUUCAAGGAGCUUGGAAUCCCAGAGUCAUGCCUUCUCCCAGCAGAAGUUCCCUUAAUCGGAUUUAGUGGAACUCCCGUUUGGCCUCUCGGAAGGAUUACACUCCCCGUUGUUACGGGCUCGAUUGCUUCUAAUUUAGAGUUUGUCGUUGUGGACGCUCCGAGCCCAUACAACGCAAUCCUUGGCCGAAAUUGGCUCCACUCAAUAAAAGCCGCCGCCUCAACCUACCACCAGGUGGUCAGGUACAUCGGUGCUAACGGCAAACAAGAAGAUCUGUUCGGAGACCAGUUACAGGCCAGACAAUGUUGCGUCUCAGCCAUCGGAAAGACAUCAAGCUCCAAACGAGUACAUUGGGUUGAAGUUCCUAACAAACCAGUUCUCGAGGACGUCGGAUCUUUUCCUAAAGAAAAAUCCAUUGAAGACCUUGUAAAAUUCCCACUCAAUGAGGAUGCAUCUCGUUAUUUUAUGCUCGGCGCCGGUUUGCCCAAAGCCGAGAGUGAUGAAACAUUUCAGUUCUUGAAGAGCAACAUUGAAGUCUUUGCAUGGACACCGUACGAUAUGCCAGGCAUCGACCCAGAGCUCAUCCAUCACUCACUCAAUGUUUCAAAAUCAGCAAAGCCAGUCAUUCAAAAGCCUCGUUGUUCGGCCACUAUUCAUGCCGAAGCAGUCAAUGAAGAAGUGGACAAGCUCCUCGAGGCUGGUGCCAUCAAAGAAGUGCAAUACCUCACUUGGCUCGCGAACCCUGUGGUGAUUGAUCAAUUGGUAGAUGCAACAGCAGGUCACGCUUGGCUGAGUUUCUUGGAUGCUUAUCGAGGUUACCAUCAGAUAGCCAUGGACCCCGAUGAUAUGGAAAAGACGGCGUUCAUCACACCUAGGGGCCUCUUCUGCUACCUGGUUAUGCCGUUCGGCCUUAAGAAUGCGGGGGCCACAUUUCAAAGAAUGGUAUACGUAUUGUUCGGAAUUCUCAUCGGCGAGAUCAUGGAAGCUUAUAUUAAUGAUAUGGUCAUCAAGAGUCUCAAAGCCGAGAACCACCUCUCUCAUCUUGCCGAAGUCUUUGCAAUAUUGAAAAAGUACAAGCUACGGCUUAAUUCCGACAAAUGCGCCUUCGGAGUUAGUUCCGGGAAGUUACUCGGUUAUUUGGUCACUCGGCGUGGUAUCGAAGCAGAUCCGAACUAG